AUGGUGGAUGAUGAAAAUGACUCAAAGUUUGGGAUUUUUUGGAAAGGAUUCAUUGCUUGCCGUGUUGUUUCGCCAAAGGACCUGAAGCUCCCGAUGAAACCGAAUAGAAACUUCUUUUCGCCCUCCUGCGCCAAGACUCAGUCUCAGGUGAACUGCACCCAUUUGGAUGAAGAGAAGGCCUUCACAGGGACAUUCACCACUGCAGAAAUAAGAAAAGCGUUGGAUCUCGGUUACAAAAUAACCAACGUUUUUGACGCAGUGGAGUAUGAAUCAUGGGCCAAGAACGACGCUAAUGGCGAAGGAGGGUUGUUCACAUCGUAUAUGAACAAGAUGAUCGCCCUCAAAAUUUAUGCGAGUGGCUGGCCAUCCCAUGAGAACACGGAUGAAGAGAAAAAAAAUUCGUCGACAACUACCGGAAACAGGGAAUCAUUUUGGAUAACUGGGACCUUUUCGAGGAAAGUCCAGGACGACGUCUCUCCUCCAAACUUCUCAUUAACUCACUCGUAA